UAAUCAUAAUGCUUCAAGUAAAAAAAGAGUACAAUGCUCCACUAAAAGAUCACUCAGAAAUUCUGAAUUAUCUAUAAAAAAAAUUGGGAUAAUAAGUCAAUAUUAAAAAGAAUGAGGUUGUGGAGAAAGUGUUUAGAAGAGAGGGUAAUACAUUGAACAACAAUUAAAUUACUUUGAGAAUUCAAAAUAACUCCAACUUGUAUAUAAAUAACUGAAUUAGAUCAUGUGAGCACUUAUUAUUGGAAAAAUAUAUGGAUACAAAUAUCGAUUUAAUAAAUUACGAAGAAAAUAUUCCUGAAGAUUGUUCCAGCUUAUUCGAGAGAGUGGGAUUUAAAUUAAUUAGGAUUGAAGAAUAUAGUGAAUAGGUCUACAAUAUAAAAUUCAUGAAUUGUUCAAUUUGUGUAUAGGAGUAAGCAAAGACCAAAAGAUUAGUGUUGCAAUUGAGAGAUAAGUAAGAUAAUGAAGCUCAUAUGAAAAUGCUAUAAUUAUAAAAUUCCUUAGAAAUGUUGCUUGGAUAGGGUGGGAUUAUUUGA